AUGAUCCAUUCUCAUUUAUCUAAUGAAAUAAUCGCAAAGCAUGGCAACUCUGAUUCAUCAGACAGCGAGCAGGACUCACAACCUAUCGUUCGUAAUGCCACUCCAUUAAACAUUAAACCUGCCAAAACAUAUACAUUAAAGGCCCCAGUAGAGGCAGAUGGUUUCUCGUGGCCAAGCAUAGGGACUUAUAAAAGAGCCCAAGAGACUCCAGAAGAGGAACAACAAAGGAUCGACAGAAUUGCGUCUGCUGUCAAAACUAUCUUGACUGAAUUAGGUGAAGAUAUCGCGAGAGAAGGCCUAUUAGACACACCACAGAGGUACGCUAAGGCUAUGCUAUAUUUCACAAAGGGAUACCAUACUAAUAUUAGAGAUGAUGUAUUGAAAAAUGCUGUCUUUGAAGAAGAUCAUGAUGAAAUGGUCAUUGUCCGUGAUAUUGAAAUAUAUUCCCUAUGUGAGCAUCAUUUAGUCCCCUUCUACGGGAAAGUUCACAUAGGUUAUAUUCCAAAUAAAAAAGUUAUUGGGUUAAGUAAAUUGGCUAGAUUGGCCGAAAUGUACACAAGAAGGUUACAAGUUCAAGAAAGAUUAUCUAAACAGAUAGCUAUGGCGUUGCAAGCUAUCUUAAAACCCCUAGGUGUGGCUGUCGUUAUUGAAGCCACUCAUAUGUGUAUGGUGUCUAGAGGUAUCCAAAAGACAGGUUCUUUGACACAGACAUCAUCCAUGUUGGGUGCGUUUAGAGCUCAUAAAACAAGAGAAGAAUUUUUAACUCUACUUAAUAGAAAUCGUUAA